CCGAUACCACGACAUGGGGACGACUCGAGGAAAGAGUGAAAGGGAGUCAAAAAUUCGUCAGAGCCGAGAGUACAAAUCGAUUGCGCCGUAUUGCUAAUCCUCAAAUAGGUUGAAAGACGGCUGGUGUAAGGGGACACGUCAUGCCGCACUGGUUGGAAGGAUGGAUCGACCAGAAACUUCCCGGUUUUCAAGUAAAUCAAAACGAAUGAGUAUGUGUAGAUGAAAAGUGUGAGAUCCUAUUAUUGUUGUCGCAAAUGAGCCCUGGGUCUGCCUGGGUCACAAAAUCUUACCGAACUUUAGCGCCGAACAGCAAUGCGCUACAGCCAAUAGUUGGCAGCCGUGGCGCUGAUCAAGUGAGCCAAUUAGAAAAAUUGGUAACAAAACUGCCGGUUUUGGCCUCUCUCUUCGCGCUACUCAGCGAGGCGCGCCGGCGUCUUUUGGGGGGUGAUUUCGGGGGGUUGAAAACACCGCAGCCCUUCAAUCUUCCCAUCGUGAACGUUCCCGUUCCAACAAGAAUACGACACCUGUACACCCCUCGGCUCAUGCCACACUUUCGCCUGUUCAAAUCAUCGAAACAGCGGGACAUGGAUGCCCCGAGAACACCGGAGGCGGAGGAUGCCGAACCGUCUGUGCGAGACAGGCUUGGCGCCUUCUUGGAGGAGAAUAUCGCCAAGGGCAGGUCUAAGCUCGAACAAUCAUUAGGGUUAGGUCAGACGCCGAGUGCCAUUCCCGAUGGUGAAGUUGACAUCAGCGGGGAUCCGCGCCCCGUAGAGAUAGGAUGGCAUCCAGUUGCUGGUCUUGCGGGGAAGUGGUUCGCUGAGCAGACGGGCCUCGGCAAGAUGAUCACAGAGGGCGUCAGCAAGUUUCCUGAUCCGACACAACACUGGGCCGUCCUCGUCGGCGAUUACUGCCAUCAGCUCUGGAUGGAUGAGAACCUGCACGUGAUUUACACCAAUGGCAAGAUCGAACGGGAUGAGUGGCACACCUACGAAGUGGGAAAAUCAAGAUUUAAUGACGAAGCACUCAAGCAAGCAGGGGAGAUGACAAUCUUUGCAAUGAGGGAGAAGCGGCCCGCAUACAAUCUUAUUGACAACAACUGUCAAAUCUUCGCACUGAAGCUGCUGGAUUCGAUCCAGGUAGGUAAACACAAGGAAUUUGCUACAAGCUUUUCGGUCUACCAGAGGGCAAUCGGCAAGGGCGCUAUCAUGGACCUCUUCGUCGAUGAUCACCCUGACGAGAACCCCAACGAGCGCCCUGCAACACCACCACAAGGCACUGUUCCAUUGGCGCAACAGGUCAUGGACGAAAAGACGACGAAGCUGGACAGUCACGAAACUGCACACUCAUAGAGCAGGACGUACAUCGAGCUGUUGGGGAGCCCCCGGAAGAAAUUUGAAGAGAAGAUGUAGGCAAUUGGCAU